GUACUCUUCCUGAACAAAUUACUACUACUUCUCCCCUUCUUCAACAACUUCCUCACCAACCGUCCGGUACGACUCACAAUGAGGCCGCGCACACAGGAUCAGACUCCGGGUCUUUUCGCUAUGGGUUCAGAUGGGUCAAGGUAUCGUACAAUAGUAUAACAGUCACUGCUCGCGCAUGACAGGUGUUCGACUCGUGCUUCUGCUCCUUUCCCCCCCCGGUUUGGGGGCAGAAGCGCGGUCGUUCUGAGAUUAUACUGUCAAAACUUGAUCUAGAUAAUACUAGCGAAAGGACAUGCGUGGCACUGAUUGUCCCCUAACUAUUGGACCUACAGAAAGAUGAGAGAGAUCUCGCAUCCCUCUCUGUUGCUGACAGUUUCCAGACCUUUGCAAUUACCCUCGACCUGAGUGUAUUUGUGCCAAGAUGUCUACUGACAAGAUCACCUUCCUGACCAACUGGCACGCGACCCCGUACCACGCCCCCCUGUACCUCGCUCAGAGCAAGGGCUACUUCAAGGAAGAAGGCCUCAAGGUUGCUCUCCUCGAGCCCAAUGACCCCUCCGAUGUCACCGAGAUCAUCGGCAGCGGCAAGGUUGACAUGGGCUUCAAGGCUAUGAUUCAUACCCUUGCUGCCAAGGCCCGCAACUUCCCCGUCACCUCGAUCGGCUCUCUCCUUGACGAGCCCUUCACCGGUGUUGUCUACCUCAAGGACAGCGGAAUCACCGAAGACUUCCGCUCCCUGAAGGGCAAGAAGAUCGGCUACGUCGGCGAGUUUGGCAAGAUCCAAAUCGACGAGCUCACGAAAUACUACGGCAUGACCGCCGACGAUUACACCGCCGUCCGGUGCGGUAUGAACGUAACCAAAGCCAUCAUCCGCGGCGACAUCGACGCGGGUAUCGGCCUCGAGAACGUCCAGAUGGUCGAACUCGCUGAAUGGCUCGCCGAGCAGGGCCGGCCCCACGACGACGUGCAAAUGCUGCGCAUCGACCAGCUCGCCGAGCUCGGAUGCUGCUGCUUCUGCUCGAUCCUGUACAUUGCCAACGACGCCUUCCUGGCUGCCAACCCAGAGAAAGUGCAGAAGUUCAUGCGGGCCGUCAAGCGCGCUACAGACUACGUUCUGGCUGAGCCCGCCCGCGCUUUCGAGGAGUACGUGGACAUGAAGCCGAUCAUGGGCACUCCGGUUAACCGGAAGAUCUUCGAGCGGUCGUUCGCGUACUUCAGUCGUGACUUGAAGAAUGUUAGUCGUGACUGGGCUAAGGUGACCAACUAUGGAAAACGGUUGGGCAUCUUGAGUUCCGACUUCGUGGCUAACUACACCAAUGACUACUUGUCGUGGGGACUGGAUGCUGAUUCCACCGAUCCCCUUGGUGAUCAGAAGCGUAUGGCCGAGUUGCAGAAGAAGGUCGCUGCUGAGGGUGGUUAUAAGCGGUUGGAGGUUGCUUCUGAGGCUUGAUUGAUUCUCGGUCAGCUCGAAGAAGGAACCUGCUCGCUUGACACUCUUGGAGCAGAGAUGAGUAUUAUAUAACGGUCACCUUACGAGUCAAGCUGGAUGUGCUAGCUUACGCACUCUUUUAGUAUGACUGCAAUCUAAAUGCACUUUAUCAUACGAUUUUUCCAAUAUAAAACCAAAUUCUCU